AUGGCGUCCCCGGCGCUGGCGGCGGCGCUGGCGGCGGCGGGGGGCGCGGCCCCGGGGGCCCCGAACGCGAGCGCGGGGGGCGGCGGCGGCGGCGGGCCGCCCCCGGGCCCCUACUCCGCGGGCGCCGUGGCGGGGCUGGCGGCCGUGGUGGGCUUCCUGAUCGUGUUCACCGUGGCGGGCAACGUGCUGGUGGUGGUCGCCGUGCUCACCAGCCGCGCGCUGCGCGCCCCGCAGAACCUGUUCCUGGUGUCGCUGGCGGCCGCCGACAUCCUGGUGGCCACGCUGGUCAUGCCCUUCUCGCUGGCCAACGAGCUCAUGGCCUACUGGCGCUUCGGGCCGGUGUGGUGCGGCGUGUACCUGGCGCUCGACGUGCUCUUCUGCACGGCGUCCAUCGCGCACCUGUGCGCCAUCAGCCUGGACCGCUACUGGUCGGUGACGCGCGCCGUCGAGUACGGGCUGCGGCGCACGGCGCGCCGCGUCAAGGCCGCCAUCCUGGCCGUGUGGCUCGUGUCGGCCGCCAUCUCCUGCCCGCCGCUCGUGUCGCUGCUCCGCCGGCCCGACGGCGCCGCCUACCCGCAGUGCGGCCUCAACGACGACACGUGGUACAUCCUCAGCUCGUGCGUCGGCUCCUUCUUCGCGCCCUGCCUGGUCAUGGCGCUGGUGUACGCGCGCAUCUACCGGGUGGCCAAGCGCCGCGCCCACCCGCGCGCGCCCGCGGGCCCCGACGGCGGCGGCGGCGGCGGCGGCGGCGGGGGCGAGCGCGGCCGCUGCGUGCGCGCGCCCGAGCCCGGGGGCGUGAGCGGGGACGCGGACGCGGGGGGGCGGCGGCGCGCGCUGCGCAGGGCCGGGGGCGCGCGCGCACGGCUGUCGGCGCGCUCCGUCGAGAGGUUCCUGGCGCGCAGGCGCGGGGCGCGGGGCGGCGGGCGGGCGGCGCAGGCGCGGGAGCGGCGCUUCACCUUCGUGCUGGCCGUGGUCAUGGGCGUGUUCGUGCUGUGCUGGUUCCCCUUCUUCUUCAGCUACAGCCUGUACGGCAUCUGCGGCGACGCCUGCCGCCUGCCCGGGCCGCUCUUCAAGUUCUUCUUCUGGAUCGGCUACGUCAACAGCUCGCUCAACCCGGUCAUCUACACCGUGUUCAACCGCGACUUCCGCCGCUCCUUCCAGAACAUUCUCCUCCCGCGCCGCCGCGCCUGCCGCCAGUGA